ACUGUCAGUCACACUAAAUUAAAGCAAAUGGAGUAUUUAUUUGGUUAGGCGAGUUAAAUCUUCGAUUUUGGUUAUAUUUUUGCUUUUGAAACAGAGCAAAGCGUUGACCCAUCCACGAAUUCAUAAUAUCUACGCUCAACCAAAACUUUUUCAUUUAAUCGCCGCGGUGGACCACACGAUCCUUGCCCGCUACUAUGGUCACCUGGCCGCCAACAACUAUAAAUCCUUUACAUAUAAAAAGCCUUGGCCUAACUAUACAAUUGAAGACUACUCUUGAUCAAAUCGGUUUAAUCCAUUGAUCACAAAAGAGGUUCACAAUCGAAACGCUUCACCACCAAUGACAAAAAUGCAUACGAAUUUUGUUGGCCAGAGAGACGAAGAUCUGCUAUCUCCUAGAAACAAGUGACAAAAAUCGAAAUUUUAAAAAGAAAAUCAUAAUAUACAACAGAUAAACAAAAGGGAAAAUUCAUAAAUCUACUAAAUAUUUGAAGCUGGAGAAAAAUGAAAUUGCUGGGAAAGUAUGUGGACAAGGGGAUGCAGGGCACUGUGACCCUCAUGCCCGAAGAGUCGGAGGAUAUGUGGCAUGCUUACAAUUUAAUAUCGGAAGGUGAUAGUGUGCGAAGCACAACAAUCCGUAAGGUUCAGAAUGAGACGGCCACCGGAUCUUCGACCAGCAGUCGAGUCCGCACCACUUUAACCAUUGCCGUGGAGGGUAUUGACUUUGAUACUCAGGCCUGUGUGCUUCGCCUCAAGGGACGCAAUAUCGAGGAGAACCAGUAUGUCAAAAUGGGUGCCUAUCACACAUUGGAUCUUGAGUUAAAUCGCAAAUUUGAAUUGAGAAAACCAGAAUGGGAUACCAUAGCGCUGGAACGCAUUGAGAUGGCCUGUGAUCCUAGUCAAUCGGCUGAUGUGGCUGCUGUUGUCAUGCAGGAGGGUUUGGCUCAUGUUUGCCUCAUAACGGCCAGCAUGACAUUGGUGCGAAGCAAAAUUGAAGUCUCUAUUCCUCGUAAACGCAAGGGCAGUGUCCAGCAGCACGAGAAGGGUUUGGCCAAGUUCUAUGAGCAAGUGAUGCAGAGCAUUCUGCGUCAUGUCAACUUUGAUGUCGUUAAAUGUGUGCUUAUCGCAUCGCCGGGAUUCGUGAGGGAUCAAUUCUACGAGUAUAUGUUUCAGCAGGCCAUCAAAAUGGAUUACAAACUAUUGCUGGAUAAUAAAAGUAAAUUUAUGCUGGUACAUGCUUCAUCUGGCUUCAAGCACUCCCUCAAAGAGGUCCUACAAGAGCCUGCCGUUGUGGCCAAAAUGUCCGAUACCAAAGCCGCUGGCGAAGUGAAGGCCCUGGAACAAUUCUAUAUGAUGCUGCAAUGUGAACCAGCUAAGGCUUUCUAUGGCAAGAAGCAUAUCUUGCGCGCCGCCGAGUCUCAGGCCAUAGAAACUUUGCUCAUUUCUGAUAAUUUAUUUAGAUGCCAAGACGUUAAUCUCAGGAAAGAAUAUGUUAACUUGGUUGAAUCAGUGCGCGAUGCUGGAGGUGAAGUAAAAAUCUUUUCCAGCAUGCAUAUCUCAGGAGAACAACUUGCUCAACUCACUGGAAUAGCGGCUCUUUUGCGUUUCCCCAUGCCCGAACUGGAGGAUAGCGAUGAUGAGGAUGAUGAAAAUGGAGCAGUGGGUGGCCAUCAUAAUGACAGCGAUAGCGAUUAAGUGGAUUUCAAUGUGUUUCUUUUUUUUUAAAUAAUUUUUUGGGCAUUUUUUAUACUACAAACGAUACUUGGACUUAUUAACUUAACUAGCGAACGUGCGAGACUCUGGCAUUAGCAGAGCUAAAACCAAUGUAUAAAUAUAUAUAUUAAAGUACCAACAUAGAUAAUAAGUAGAUACUUUGACAGACUUGGACUGUGGCAGGGCAUAUACAAUAAAAUAUACAGAAAAGAAA